CAAAAGACGAGAGCGUGACGAAAGAAGAAUUGGUAAAUCAAGAUGACAGAUCGAUCAAAAUGCACAAUAACGAAGUCACCACGUUAUCAAACCACGUCAUCGUCAGAGGAAGGCCCGAAAUGCAGGAAGAUGCAAGAAUCCUGAGGAGAUGUGCAGGAAGAUAUCGAAGACGAUAUUGGCGAAUUGAGAAGUUUCAGAUAGUGCCUUCUCCAACAGGACAACCUGGACACGAAAUAGCACCUGCGGAGACUCCACGGACUACUGAAUCAAAUAAUCUGAAAAUGAACAGUACGCUACAAAGCAUUUUAAAGUCCUUGGAAACUAAUCGGGAUCGUAAACGUUUGCCCCGCAAACCAACCAGCCUGCCGAUAUCUAGCUACGCUGAGAUGGACGCUUUUGAAUUAAUUAACGACGAUGAAUAUGGAGAACUUAUAGGUUAUUUUAAUUAUAUCGGAGGCUUUAACCUGAAAGAAACUGUCAACCUCUGCUUCAAGGAAGCAAUAACAGACGAUAUCACGUCACUUUUUACUUGGUGGGGUCGCCACGAUGGUGCAAGACCCUUAUAUAAUGCUCGCAUCAUUCUAGCUAUUUACGAGGCAGUAUGCGGUAACCGGAAUUUCACCAAACCAACACGUUCGAAAUUUCAAGCGCAUAAGCGAGAAGCUCUACGGGCAGCCAAGCAGAGGAAAAGAACGAAAUCACGUGGACCGCGUGCUGAAGGACCGGAUCGAAGAGCGCAAAAUUUUUGAAAUGAUGAAGCGGAUGAUCUUGCAGACAGCGAUGAAUAAGCGAAAUUUCAACAUUUGUUACGUGAUCAAUUCGAUGUCUACGAAGGAAAGAAGGAAGAUAAUCGCAGGGCUGUAAGUAGGACUACGAGGGACACCAUCCGGAGGAUCGCACGGUGGGCGAGUCGGUAGGAGUCCGGCACUACCUCGGGGCUCCCCAGCACGGGUCCCGGGGUGUUCAUGAUGGAUUUUCUCCCACUGAAAAAAAAAACUGCGAUUGACCAAACGGCACUUUUCAGUUGCCAGUUUAAUAUAUAUCAAAUAUUUGUAAUUUAUAAUUAAUCUGUUCGUUUUUGAAGAACUUUGAAUCUGUUUCCUGUUUCUACAUUGCUGAACAGGUGCAAUAAGUUAAAGUGAGACAGUUAUAUAUUUUUUCACUUUAACUUAUUACUUUAGCUCAGUAGUACAGUAAUAGAAAACAGACCUAUGUUGGUUUCUUGUGUGUUAAAAUUUCUUUUUUCUAAUUUUUCAAAUAUUGUAUAAUGUAAUCGAAAAAACGUGAACUUUUCUAUGUAAAAAUUU